CAUGAUUGACCCUCCGCUGCAGGGAUUUACUUCCACGCCCCUCCUCCAGGAGGAUAGAAGGGACAAAUCGAAAAGAAGAGAGGUCAGAGGAAACAGCCGCCAGAUUUCUAAAUUGGGGAAUUCGUCGGGCGCAUGCAUACAAAUAAAGUAUGUAUUGGCAUUUUAGUUCAGUGUUGGCGCUGUGCUUUGAUUUCGCUCUUUUCAUUUAAUAUUUGGUGGAGGUUCUCCCCGUCCCCACUUGGAUCUCUUUUCCUCCUUCCAAUCUCUCAUCUUCCUCUUUCGCUUAGCCUCAUUCUCGCCAUCUUAAUAUUUCUCUAACUGCUAACCUCCCUUUCCCUCUGAUUUUUUAAUUCAAGCCUUUAGUGUUUCAUCCGAUGUCUUUUCCCUUCGCCUAAGCAACCACCAUGGGUUUUCUGAGCCGCCUUCGCAAGCGUUCGAAAAGUUCCGGCCGUGCGGGGAAUGCGGUCAGUUAUGAGCAUCUCCGCACCAACCGCGACGUUGUUGUUCCUCCAGUGCCGGUCAUGGGCCAAGAUUAUACCAAGAGGCUUCCGCGACGUGUUCUAAUCCGCAUUUUCUCUUUCGUUUGCCCGCACGCCGAGGACAACAGCUAUGAUACAUCGGAGGAAUCCAUGACGGAGGAUGGCUGUAUGCUUUGUGACAUGCGCGAUCUCGCGCACUGCGCUGCGGUGUGCAAGCGGUGGUCCCUGGAUGCGGACGCUCUACUCUACUCCAAUGUCCGUAUCGAUGCCGUUCACUACUGCGAACUCGAGGUGAAGCUGUCAGCAAAGCGGAAGCGCCGCUCCUUCUUCGACAAAAAUGGCGAUCCCGAAGACGCCCCUCAAGCUCGCCUCACACUCUUCAUGCGGACCGUUCGGCAAUCGCAGGGCUUGGGGAACAUGGUGCGCUCCUUGCGUAUGCCUUAUAUGACCCGCGAGGCGAGCAAAGCGGAAAUUGCGCGAACGAUUUCCGUGUUGCCCAAUCUCCGCUAUGUCGAUUUACCAGUUGGCUUAUUUAGUGAUGACCCCUCGUGUCUCGCGCUAAAACAGGAGAUCAUGGCCCGUUGUCCGGAUCUUCGUCGGAUGAGCUAUCGUCAUGGGUCAGAGGGUACCUUCUCGCAGUUGCCCGGCUCACACCUCUGGGGAAAUCUGGAAAUACUAGAAUUGUCAGGGCUCCAAGUCGAGUCUCAUAUCCUCCGAUUCGGGCUGGGCGCCUUUCCUAACCUUCGUGACCUGACGUUGGAGGAUCUUCCCUGGCUCGAUGAUUCCGCAUUCAUACAAUCUGAAACCCUCCCCCCGUUCCCUGCAGUUGAGCGGCUUACCCUUCGAGAUACCCCGAAUGUCACGGCAAGCGGGCUUGCCGCCUUUUUCUCCCUACCUGAAAACCGAACGUCGUUGCAAUCAUUGACCUUGUCUGCCACCCGAGUUCUUCCAUCCACUCUACAUCAGAUCCUCUCUGCUGCACCAGAACUCCGUGCGCUAUCUGUGAUUCAGGAAGUGUCGCGGUCAUUUCCUCCAGAGAAAGUGCCACCGUUAGCUUCUAGGUCACUGGAACUGUUGCACUAUGAGAUAUCCUCCCCACCAGGCUCUCACGGUAUGCCGCCGGUAGCAGGCUCGUACUACUCUUACUUAGUUUCAUCGUUGACGUCGAACUCCCUUCCCGCUCUUCGCGACCUUUACGUUCGUGAUGGGGGAUUCCCUGAGGCACUGCUGCUUGCCCCUCCACCCCGUCUGUUCGGUGGAGGAGAGAGUGGCCCUCAAUUUGCCGGGGGCAUCCUGUCACAGCCGCUGAACGUGUAUAGUAAGGGCUUGGACGAACUGGAAUGGAACUUUACUCCUUAUGAGCCACCGUCAACAAGAGGCCGACGAGAUAGUACCACUCGACCGGUCAGUUUCCACGACGCUCAAUUGAGUCGUUCUUGGGGUGGCGAUUCGAGGAAGAGUGUAUUGGUUGGCAAUGGCUUUGGCGGGUUCCUGGCUGUUCCAGUGGAUGAUGGGCGCCCGAAGAGCAGUGGCGGAUGGAAACGCGAGAGCAGAGGUGAUCUAUGGCGGUAACAGAAUUAGAAGUGAUCUUUAUUGCUACUGUGUUGACAGUGAGACUAUGUGAUGGUGUUAUAAUGAGAAUAUACCCUUGAUUCAGGUAUUCGGCGUGAUAGCAUUUUCUCACGUUUUCUUUGUACUAAUUUCUCUACAAAUUUGAGAUGAGCGUUCUUGCCCUAGUAUAAGAUAUUAUUGUUUCUGCCCACUAAAUU